CCACGCGCCUCCCGCGCCGCGAACGGCUGAGUCACGCCCGGCGCCCCGCCCAGCGUCCGAGCUUCGCUGCCGCCGCCGCUGCCGGAGUGACAUCACAACACUCUUUGGACGUUAACAUGGCGUCCUCCAAGAAGGUUACCUUCUCGGUCCUCAGCUGGGAGCAGCCAGAAGGGGUUGGAGCACGCGUGCGCAGAAGCAUUGGCAGGCCUGAGUUAAAAAAUCUGGAUCCCUUUUUACUGCUUGAUGAAUUCAAAGGCGGUAGACCAGGUGGAUUUCCUGAUCACCCUCAUCGAGGUUUUGAAACAGUGUCCUACCUCCUGGAAGGGGGCAGCAUGGCCCAUGAAGACUUCUGUGGGCACGCUGGGACAAUGAACCCAGGAGAUCUGCAGUGGAUGACGGCAGGCCGGGGCAUUCUGCAUGCUGAGAUGCCUUGCUCGGAGGAGCCGGCCCAUGGCCUGCAGCUGUGGGUGAACCUGAGGAGCUCCGACAAGAUGGUGGAGCCUCAGUACCAAGAACUGAAAAGUGAAGCCAUCCCAAAGCCCAGUAAGGACGGUGUGACCGUGGCUGUCAUUUCUGGAGAAGCGCUGGGAAUAAAGUCCAAGGUUUACACUCGCACACCAACCUUAUAUUUGGACUUCAAGUUGGACCAAGGAGCAAAGCAUUCCCAGCCUAUUCCUGAAGGGUGGACAAGCUUCAUCUACACCAUAUCUGGAGAUGUGUAUAUUGGGCCUGAUGAUGCACAACAAAAAAUUGAACCUCAUCACACAGCAGUGCUGGGGGAAGGUGGCAGUGUCCAGGUGGAGAACAAGGAUGCCAAGAGAAGCCAUUUUGUCCUGAUUGCUGGAGAGCCAAUAAGAGAGCCUGUUGUACAACAUGGUCCAUUUGUGAUGAACACAAAUGAAGAGAUUUCUCAGGCCAUUCUUGAUUUCAGAAAUGCAAAAAAUGGAUUUGAAAGGGCCAAGACCUGGAGAUCAAAGAUUGGAGUCUUGUGAAGAGCACAGAGAAGGUCUUUCUGUUUAGGAUUUUGCCAUUUGUGACUUCCAGCCAUUCAAGACGUUCAUUUUUGGAAGCCGACUUAACUGGUACUUCUGAACAAUUCUAUGUGAGAGUGAUGAUUAGUUUUUGCAGCAAUGCAUGUAGGGUACACGUCAAUAAACCUAAUCAUUGCUUCUU